GUGAAAGUACAGAUGCAAUAGAUAAUGGUACACCAUUAAAAAGCAUUAAACCUCUCCAAUUUCCAGAUUCAAAAUUAUCUAAAAACACAAAACAAAGAAUUAUUAAACAUAUUUUUCCUAAAACAAAAAAUAGAGAAACUGAGAAACUAAAUCGUCCUCUAAAUUUUGCUUCUGUUAUUUCUGAGAGUAUAAUCAAUUCUAAUUAAUAGGUAAGUCCAAAUACUGCUCCAAAUAACAACCUUAAAAAAAUCAUUUCUAAAUAUUCAUUUGAAAGACUUAUUUAAAAACACAAAAACGCACAUAUUGCUGUAGAAAAUGCAAAAGUUGUUUUUCUACCAAUUUUAUCUACAAGAAAAGCACAUAAUAAGUUUCCUAAGACUAUUCCUAAUAAAUAUGAUGAACCAAUGUUAGCUAUUUCAGACUAAUUUAAAUCCCAUUCAGAUUUUAGAAUUGACAUCAUAAUUGACAUAAAUGUAUACAAUAUUCCAUUACAAAAUUCAACUAGACCAACAAUAGAUAAAACUUUGAAUUGAUAUAAUCCAGUCCCAAUUUUCUUUUCUAGAAUCUAG